AUGGAGGAUGGAAAUGGAGGAUGGAAACCGGUGGUCAAGCAAAGAAACCGAGUCAUUGGCAGGAUGCAUGGAGGUAGAGACAGAUGGAUCACAGUUUUUGUAGAUAACCUACCUGACUCCAUUGAUCCAAAAGGCCUCUUCAGUUUGUUCAAUAACUUUGGAGUUGUAAGGGAUGUAUUCAUUCCAAACAAAAGGCGAAGGAUUUCUAGUACAAGGUUUGGUUUUGUGAGGUAUGACUGCAGAGUAGCUUCCAAUGUGGCAAUCCAAAGAGCGAAUGGACUGUGGGUGGAGGACAGAGCUCUAAAGGUUAAGGAAGCGGAUUUUAACAGUGAUAAAAGCAGAGUGGUGAAUCCGAAUACUAUUGGUGCAACAAAAACAACUAAACAAAACACUGAUUUUGUGGGUGGAAAUGUACAAAAUAACAGAGGAAUGAUGAGAACGUUUGCAGAAGUUCUUACUAGGAAUAGAGAGGAGGGUCAAUCACGGUUAGUGGUGAAAGCUCGGGAGGUGGGAAACACUUUGAUAGCAUGCUUUGAAACACAUAUUCAAAGAAAUACUGAAAUUACAAUGUAG